UUUAGGUGUGAACUAAUGCUUCGGUGGAAAAUAGACCAGUGAUAUCAAAGUAGGUUAGGUUAAGUAGAAGAUUCUUUUGCAGAUUAAUUUACUUGAAAUACGAAGUUACAACAGAGCAAGAUGGUUUUAUUAACAAAUAUACAAAAUACAUUACCGAUCAUCCAAGGAACUAUUGCACAAAGAUAUUUCUAUGUGAGUGCAGUUGUUAACAAAGCACGAUCUGGACGUUAUAAACCUACGCUUAAACAAGACAAACCGUUAACAUAUGAAAUGGCAAAUCCACCUAACUAUAUUGCUCACAGAAAAUCUUGGAAUUCAUGGAAUACAUCUAACAUAAAAGAUGGCAACAGACCAUCCGAGACAGCUAUAGAAGAUAUGUUUAUUCGUCAAUUUAUGAAAGGGACAUGGCACAAUCUAUUUGCUAGUGAAAUCAUUAUUAAAAGGCAGCAUAAUAUUAUUAGAAUUGCUGGAAUAAUAACUCGUAAUUUAGCACCUUAUAAGAUAUAUUUCUUAACUGGUUAUACAGAAGAACUUCUUAGUUAUUGGUUGCAAUGUCCUAUUAAGGUGGAAUUGGUCACAACUGACAGUAAAAAAGAUAUGAUAUUUAAAUAUAUAUAAAUAAACUUUCUUAAUGUAUAUA